CAAAGUUUCGAUGAAGUCAAAGAGAGAUGUAAGACAGCUGAACUAGAAGCUAAACGUGCUAUCGAACUGGCGGAUAAAGCACGAGCUGAUGCUGUCACUUCCCAAAAGGAGAAAAGUGAGACUCAGAGGUUGGCGAUGGAGAGACUUGCUCAGAUCGAACGAGCUGAGAGGCAAGUUGAAAACUUGGAGAGACAGAAGACUGACUUGGAGGAUGAACUGCGCAAACUUCGUUUGUCUGAAAUGGAGGCGGUCUCCAAAGUUACAGUCUUAGAAGCAAGAGUUGAAGAACGAGAGAAAGAAAUCGGAUCAUUAUUAAAGGAAACCAAUGAACAGAGGGCUCAUAACGUGAAGUCA